AUGCAGUCGCAGAAUUGCAGCUAUGUCAAUCAGAAAAGCGAAGAUCGUGUGGGCUUAGAAGACGGAUACCAAAAUCGACAAAUCGCAAACUCGUACCUUCGCAAUCAGCAAACUUCGUCGAGGAGACUCGGUCAGCAGGGCUCAACCGCAAUCACCACCUGCCGCGACGACAGCGACUUUACUAUCCACAAUUCAGCUGCUCAAAUCCCCAUCAUGGAUAGACUGGAGGCCGCCGCGCAAUCUGCCGUAUCCUUUGAGUCAACUCAGUCCCACAGACCGCCAAGUUACGCGCGAAACUGUCUAGACGUGGAACCGGUCCAAAGAGCUAUCAGCGAACCCCCUGCCUCUUUCCUAGCCGCUGUCAGACAGGCAUGA